AUGGUCGUGUGUAGCGAGAAUUUCAACAAGGACGACUUUUUUUGGGGCCACCUUGGUAACAAGCGCCAGGACACUGCAGUACCACCUGAAGCAGUCACUGAUGGGGACUGCGCGUGCGAGCUUCCGAACUAUCCUGAAGAAGGUGAAUACGACGAACAAGACGCCGCAAGGGCACUUGUUCACCUUCAAGAGCUGUGCAGCUCAUCCGAGCUAAACAAGUCUAUUCAGACACCUACCAAAGCGGAGUGGGAACGUCUUGCUGAAGGCUUUGCCUCACGAUGGCUGUUCCUGAACUGCUUGGGUGCUGUGGACGGCAAGCAUGUUGCUAUUGUCUCUCCUCCCAAUUCUGGCAGCAAAUUCUUCUACUAUAAGUGCACAUUUUCCAUAGUGCUCAUGGCUGUAGUGGACAGUGAGUGCAAGUACGUGCUUGUAGACGUCGGUGCCAAAGAGUCGGACUUCGGCCGUGACCUCACUGACGGUUGCCUGGAUAUUCCACCACUUGGCAGCCUGCCAGGCACAUCAACAAAUGUGCCAUACGUCUUUGUGGGAGACGAGGCGCUCCAGCUGAGGAAAGAUUUUAUGCGACCGUACCCCGCAAAACAACUUGACGAUGGCAAGAGGAUCUUCAACUACAGGCUCAGCCGAUGCACUGUUCAGCAGCUGUACGAGUAG